AUGUCAACAGUGAAAGAAUCAAAUACUACUGUAUCUUCUGAUUCAGAAAGUAAUGAAACUGGCAAAAAAAAACAUAAUUUAAAGCCUUUGGAUCUUCAAAGAUUACAAGUAGAACGGUUGCUACAGCGAAUAGAUAAGCCCGUUACUAUACCUGAAAUACAAGAUAAACCAAAACUAAAACCUCCAAAAGACAUUGUUAGAAAUGUACAAGGAUCAAGUGCUGGUGCUGGUAGUGGAGAAUUUCAUGUUUAUAGAGCACAUCGUCGAAGAGAAUAUACAAGAAUAAAACUCAUGGAAGAAGAGACAGCUAAGGAAGAGGAAAAACGUGAAUUUGAAGAGAAAAUCGCAUCUAUAAAAGAGCAAGAGGAACUAAAAACUGCAAAAAAACGAAAAGAAUCAGGAUCAGAAUCAGGAUCAGAAAAGUAA